CAUGUGUUUGUGUUGACGAUGUACAAGUGCGUGAAAUAAUUAGAAUUUAUAUUGCGAUUUAUAGGAAAAAAUAUGGCAGACACAGAAGAAUACUUUCCGCGUGGAGGCAAAAAGCCGACGGUUAAAUAUUUCAAGCAAAAUAACAACUUUUUAGGGUCUACAGAGCAAGGUGAGAAGAAGAAAAAGAGGCCUAAAAAGAAGUCUGAGGCAGACGAUGGCUACCUAUCCGAUGAAGGCGUCAGGGAAGUGGACCAAUCAUAUAAAAAUUGUGCUAUUGGUUUGAGCUAUAAGACAAUGAAACCAGGAGUAUUAAUCCUAGGGAGAGUCCGUCAGGUACAGGAAACACGGGUGAAUGUGAUGCUACCAUGCAAGAUGAUGGGGACGGUGAUGGCUUGCCACAUCAGUGAGCCAUACAACAAGCUGCUUGAAGCUUACGUUAAUGAUGAGGUGGAAAACAUCCGUGAACUCCCGGACAUGUUCCGUCCAGGGCAGUACGUGGCGAUGAAGGUGCUGGAGGCCGACGGGGAGAAGCUCAUGCUGUCUAUGAUGCCGCAACAUGUCAACGGGGGCAAGGUGCACUCCGACUUGCAUAAUGGCUGUCUACUCCAAGCGGCUGUGUCCUCAGUGGAAGACCACGGCUACGUGAUGGACAUCGGCGUGCCCAACACGCGCGCCUUCCUGCCCAAGAACAACGCCAACCCGGAGAUACAGCUUGACGCUGGCGUGAUAACCUGGGUGUCAGUGAAGUCAACGUCUCCGUCAUCAGAGAGCAGUGUAGUCACAUUAUCCAACCAUUUAGACGCUCUUCAAUCCGGUGUGUUGCGCAGGAGUCCCGCCACACCGCUGUUGCCCGCUACGAGUGUUGACUUCAUUGUUGACAAGCCACUAGACAAUGGCAUAGAAGGUCACAUAUUCACCGACAAGACAGCGUACGUGCAGCGACAACACGCCGACACCGUUAAGGGGAAGAAACCUGCGCUUGGGCAGAAGGUCCGCGCCCGCGUCCUCUACGUGAUGCCGACCCGCAACACGCCGUUCCUGACACUGCGCAACAUCUUCGACACCACGCACCCCGACUUGCAGGCUGAGCAGAAGUUCAAGGAGGGAGACAUUAUUGAUAACGCACAGGUGAUCAAAAUAACAGGUCGGUCGAUCCACCUGAAGCUCGGCGCCGGCGUCGCUGGCACGCUGAGCUUGAAGCGCAUACGCAUCGACGAGGACCUCACUGACGAACAGAUCGUCGCUAAAUCAUAUCCUAUUGGCAGCACCCAUAAGGUCGGCGUGCUCUGCUACAACCUAUGCGACUACAACUACACAGUGAGCGACCAGCCGAGCAUCCUCAACGAGAAGUACUUCUCCUUACACCACCUGACCGUCGGGCAAGUGGUGGACGCGACUGUCAAGACUGUCGACAGCCAUGUCACUCUCACCGUCGGCCGGAUGACAGGUUACGUCCCGCAUUCCCACCUGUCUGACGCCGGUGUGUUCAUCGACCCUAAAAAGGCCACCAACUCCAAACUACCAAAAAAGAAAUUUAAGGUGGGCCAACAAGUAAAGGCGCGCGUGCUCUCCGUAGACCCGGGCAAGCAGAGCCUGUUCCUAACGUUGAAGCCGUCGCUCCUGUCUCCAGACCUGGAGGUGCUGAGCGACUACCAGCAGGCACAGAUCGGGAAGGCGUAUACUGGGGUUAUUAAGUACAUCCGCGAGUAUAUCCUGGUGUCGUUCUUCAACAACGUGGUGGCGUGCGUGCCGCGGCAGUACGUCAGCAAGGAUCACGACAUUGUGCUCACACAGGCCUUCCAUCUCGGACAGAUCGUAAACUGCACAAUACUCAAGGUAGACGCGGAGGCGAAGAAAAUGACGGGCAGCCUGACUACAGUACCAUUCUGGCCAGCUCCCAAACGUGAGAAGCCAGAGAAAAGAAAACAGAGACCGCAAGAUAAUGAUGAAACAACAGAACCAGCUGCCAAGAAGAAAAAAGGAAAGAAGAAUGAAGACGGUAAACAACCAGACGAGAUAGAUGAUACGAAAGACCGUAAGAAGAAAAAGGACAAGAAAUCUAAAGACGAUACUGUAAAUGCCGAAGUUGAAAAUGAAGAUAAACCUAAAAAGAAAAAAGACAAAAAGUCUAAACUAAACGACGAAACAGAGACAGAAAAUACAAAAGCAAAUAAGGGAAAAAAGGAAAGUAAACUCAUCGAGAACGUUUCAGAAGAAAGUGACGCGAUAGAAACAGACAUUUACGAAGACAGUGAUCAAGUGUUAACACCAACAGAACAAGGACUUGUAGAUCUAAGCGAUUGCCUAACAGCGAAACAGUAUAAGAAAAGAAUUGUAAGUUUGUUCAAAGCUAUCAAAGCGAAAACAAACCGCAUCGACAGGAUAGAUAAAAAAAUCGUAGCGAUAGAAGAAAAGGGUCUUUGCUCUCAGAACAAGAAAUACCACACAGCAAUGCACAUGGAAAAAAUAUUAAUUGAAAAACGAAUUGAAAAAUUAAUGGAAGCGUUAAAAGCAGCUCAGGAAAAACUUAAAGCAUUUGACGUUGGAGAAAAUGUUUUCACAAAAAAGAAAGAUUUGAAGAAGCAAAGGAAAGAAUCAGAGACGGUGACAUCGGAAGAUGAAAGUAAGGAGAAGAUAGUGAAGGAAAGUAAGGAGAAGAUAGUGAAGGAAAGUAAGGAGAAGAAAGUGAAGGAAAGUAAGAAAGCAAAGGCGAGGGAGGUUAAGGUAGUGGAGAGUUUAGAGCCGGCGUUGGAGGUGCCGAGUGCGAAGGACUUCUGGGCGGCGAGUGCUGACAACUUGGCGAAGAAUGUGCAGGAUGAGGACUCCAGUAGCAGUGAUGAUGAGGAGCAAGAACAACCAAAAAAGAAGCGGAAGAAACUCACCGUGGCGGAGAAGCUGUCCAAGGUCCGCGAGGAGGAGGAACGGGUGAGGGAUCUGGAGAGGCGCGCGGCGGAGGCGCACACGCAACCGCGCUCCAGCGACCAGUUCGAGAGGGCGCUGCUGGCCAGCCCUGACUGCAGCGAGCUGUGGAUAGCGUACAUGGCCUUCCAUCUUCAGGCGACAGAAAUAGAGAAGGCGCGCGCUGUCGGGCGCAAGGCGCUCAACACAAUUAACUUCAGAGAAGAGGAUGAGCGACUGAAUGUGUGGCUCGCGUUGCUGAACUGUGAACACCGGUUCGGGACUAAGGAAUCCCAGCAAAAAACGUUAGAAGAAGCUUUACAAAUGAACGACACAUUCAAAGUGCACUCCAAAUUGUUGGACAUCCUAGUGGAGACCAGUAAGCAACAGGAACUAUCUUCGUUAGUAGAUCUGAUGCUGAGGAAGUACAAGAGGGAUCCUCAAAACUACAUCGCUUGUGGGACCGCCUGCUUCAAGGCCGGGAUGGUGGAGAAGGCCAGGCAUGUCAUGCAAAAGGCUAUUGCUGUGUUGGAGAAGAAGGAACAUGUAUCAAUCCUAGUGCAGUUCGCGUUGAUGGAGCGCCGCUCGGGCGCCGGUGAGCGUGCGGAGGCGCUAUUCGAGCAGGUGCUGGCUGUGUACCCUCAGCGCUCCGACGUGUGCGCUGUUUAUGUCGACAUGCUGCUGAAGAGCGGGGAGAAGGACAGGCUUAGGCAAGUAAUGGAGCGGAUGACGUCACAGAAGCUACCCGCGCGGAAGAUGAAGGUGUUGUACAAGAAAUGGAUCGAAGUUGAGGAGAAACUCGGAGAUCAGGAGCAGGUGGAGAAGAUACGGCAGCGGGCCAUGGAGUUUAUUGAUAAAGCCAAGUUUUAGGAAUGAAAUAUUUUUUGAACUAUAGCAAGAAAUAAAUCAAUGUUAAUUUUAAAAUUAAA